AUGACGAAGUUAAUGGACGACGCCCUGCGGAUAUGUGAGAAGGUGAACACGCACUUAGGUGACCUUGAGGACUUUGCUGAUCGCUUCAACUACUUCGGAUGUGGUCUGGUAUUGCUAGUGUGUGUCUUCGUGGUCUCCACAAGGCAGUACUUCUUUAGUCCCAUUUCCUGCUUCAUCGCUACAGAGGUGGGAGGGACAAACCUGUUGAGCUAUGUUGAGAACUAUUGCUGGGUUCAGGGUACCGUGCCCAUCACUUAUACUGGCCGAAUGCCUACAAACGAGACUGAAUGGUUGCAGCUUGAGGAGAAGAAGAUAUUGUACUACCAAUGGGUUCCGUUUGUCCUUGGGCUGCAGUGCAUCCUAUUUUGCCUACCUCGAUUAAUCUGGAAACUGCUUUAUCUUCACUCUGGAACGAAUGGAAAUACACUUAGCCAAGUAGUACUGCGUUCGGUGGAAGUUCUCCACACUCCACCAAGCGAACGUCAAGCAGCCAUCAAUGAGAUUGCCGACAUUGCUGAGUAUUACUUUGCAAAGCGCUUCGCUCGAAAGAUUUCGGCUGGUCUUGGGCGCCUCGAAUUUCCUCGCGGUAUAAACAUAAUUAUUGCAUAUCUGGUGGUAAAAGUCCUCUAUCUUAUCAAUGCUAUCGGUCAGCUGGUCAUGAUGCAGCGUUUCCUCGGUUUCAGCUCAGCCACUGACCUUGCCUACGGUUUCAGUGUUCUAAGAUAUAUUGUGAAUGGCCAUGAUUGGCAAGUGACACAAAUCUUUCCACGAGUCGGCUUCUGUUAUGUGGAGCUGAAAUUCCUCGGAGUCAAGACCAACGCCGUCACCGCGCAGUGCGCCCUGCCUUUGAACAUGCUCAAUGAGAAGAUUUACAUUUUCCUGUGGUGGUGGAUCAUGGCUGCUGCUUGCAUCACUACCUUCUACCUUUGUCUUUGGUUGUUUCGCUUCAGCACACGUAAUCGGGAGGCCAAUUACAUCUUUAAGUACAUUCAACUCAGCACAGAAACGUUUACGCGCUAUGAGGAAAAAGAGGUAGAAAACUUUGCUCGCAACUAUCUCCGUCAUGAGGGAAUUUUCCUUGUGCGAAUGGUGCGGCUGAAUGCUGGGGAGCAGGUUGCAGCUGCGGUAGUGAAGGCCUUUUGGGAACGCUACAGACUUGCAAACAUGGAUUCCCUUCGAAGGAGUUCUCCUCUAUCGAACUUGCCCACAGCUCCUGCAUCCAACAUUGUUCCCCGAGACCUCUAUCCGCAGUUCAAGAGCUUUUCCAAAGCUGCUUCCAACGGGAAAGAAGGCACAGAUGUUGACACCAUGCCCACACAGGCCUAUGUUUAA